UGGAAUAUGUAUGUAUAUAACUCUCCUUGCUUGCUUCUCCUGUACUUCCCGGGAACGAACCAACUGACUAUGCAACGGGGAAUGAGAAGGAAUAUUUUGUCCCUUCCCUUUUGUCUCUCAUUCUCACGCAUACUCUCUCUCUCUGUCUGUCUGUCUGUCUCUUCUUUCCGCUCACGCGCACGCACAUGGCUAGUAACAGUGCUAUCACCGCUUUCCUACUUCAAGUUCAAGCCUAUACAUCUCCAUCUGUGUACGUCGUGCUCGCGAACUGAUAUACAGUGCUUUGCCUCUCCGCGCGUUAUCGCAGAUAUCACUUGUUUCCACUCUGUCCUGCCUUAUCCUAUCAUGUCCUGUCCGGCCCAGUCCAGCCCCGACCGCGUCAUGAAUUCCCCAUCCCCAAAUUAUACACGCGCCGAUCGCGCCGCUCCAAGCCAACGCGCUCCAUUAUGUUGUGUCGUUUCUCCCGCAUGCGACGACGCGUCAUAUCCAAACCUACCAUGCCCACGCCGAUACACGAGACAGUAUCAUGUCGAAACGGCGAUUGGUACGUCGAAAUACGAAGCGCGGAAACGGUGUUUGGAUUUGGAUGGGUAUGCAGCGUGUGUGUGUGUGUGUGUGUGUGAUGUGAUGGGACUUUGCUUAAAAUACUCCAUGUUCCAUGUUCCAGCGUACCUUCAUACUCUAGCUAUUCAGCUUUCCAUGGAAGAAAUCUUCACAGCGACAUGGCAAUAGGCCCUUGACAGGGAGGGAGAGAGAGAGAGAGAGAGAGAGAGUCAAGUCUCACAACCAUCUCCCAUGAAUGCGUCGCCGUGGUAUAUCAUGAUAGCUCUCCCUCAGCUUGUCAAGAGCUGUCGCGAG